AUGGGUGUUGCUUUUACAGCUGGCCGAUCAAUAAGCUCCAACGAACCCACCUGCCCCCUGCACCCUGCCCCCUGCACCCUGCCCUCUGCCCCCUGCACCCUGCUCCCUGCUUCCUGCCCCUUGCCUCCUACCUCCUACACCCUGCCCCCUGCCUCCUGUACCCUGCCCCAUGCACCCUGCCCCCUGCUUCCUGCACCCUGCCUCCUGCACCCUCCGCCACUGCCCCCGGCCUCUUGUACCCUCUCCUCUGCCCCCUGCCUCUUGUACCCUCCCCUCUGCCCUCUGCACCCUAACCCCCAUGCACCCUGCCCCCUGCCUCCUACCUCCUGCCUUCUGCCCCUUGCCCUCUGCACCCUGCACCCUACCACUCUCGAGAACGGAGAAAAGAAGUUGAGACUCAUUCUUGCGCGAGAUUUGCCGUCUGAUCCUUUACCUGGAAGAAACUGGAUCGCCCCCUCCCCCCUGCCCCCACACCCCCUCGCCGCACAUCCACCCAUGCCCCAGCCCUUGACCGGAAGUCUAAUUAACUUAAGUGCGACUUCCAAGAACCCGAGAGCAGCUGCAGCCAGCGGCGGGGAAUGCUACCGAGGAGGACCUUCUGAGGAGGCGAUCGAGGCGCCCUUCGCCACCGAGACAGCAUCGGCGUCGCGGGAACAUCUUCAGGAGGAGGAGGAAGUGUCCCUUUCUUAG